CUGCGGCUUGAUAGGGAGUUUGUAGAGCUUGACGAAUCUGAGAGUGAAGGUCACUCAGUGUCAUCAAGUUCAAAGAAUGAGUCGAUCAGCUCCAGCAGUAACCCUCUGGUUGUCUUGCUUACAGAUUUGUUUGCUCCUUUGCCACUACAGCAACGGCGUAAGGUGCUGCAAAUGAUUGGUGAACGUUGGAAUAUUUCUAUUCGUUCGAGUAAAUCAAAUUCGCCAAAGGAAGUGUGCGAUGAAACAAUUGCUCGUCUUGCUUCUAAAUUGAAUCGUGUGAUGAUGCGGAAGGCGGAAAUGCUAAAGGGCGAGCAUGAUAUCGGUGAGGGUACAUUUAUUGGCAGUAUAGGUACCAAUGGAUCGCAUCGACGUAGUGUGAUAUCUGUAACCUUUGAUGAAACUGUUGAUCUUUCUAGACGUAGGCGUUCACGCCUUCGAUCCACAGCGGAGAGAAACUCUCUUUCUACAUCAACUAUUGAAUCACGGCCCCCUCCAGGGUUUUUCUUCUCGUGA